UUAUUACGCAGACCAUUAUCUUACAUACUGAGUCUGUUGAAGUGAGAGCUGUGGUUGUGGAAUGUACUGAGGGAGGGCCCACGAGACGGGGAACUGGGCGCCAGACAGCUGAAGAGGCUGGUAGACGGGGAAGGGAGCAGGCUGCAGGAGGUACGUCGUCUGAGGUGGUGGUUGUAGUAGCACGGCGGCUUGCUGUUGAGCCCCGCCUCUUCUCCUGUUAGCAGCCCCCGGGACGGCACGGACCGUCAGAGAUACACGACGACCGCCAGACUCCAGUUUUUCUGCACUCACUGCACGUACAGACACAGCUGAAGCUGAAGCUGGGGACUUCGACAACGAGUGAGCGGAGAAUUGCAACCGAGCUCACGCAUGCGCAUACGUGAAGUGGGCGGGGCUACCGUAUAGGCGCUCUCUCGCAAGUUGAAGAAAUGGCGUUUGCUCUGUCAACUCGGGACCUACUGACCAUCUUGAAGGUCCUGGCAGAAGCUAAUCUGACCAACUCUACUCUUGAGUCAGUGGCUGUCGCAAUAAAGACUCAUUUCUCCAAGGCAGACUACUUCAGAGUUGGCAAUGCUCUGACAAUGCUGCUGCAGCACAAAGACCUCCUCCCACUGACCUCCCAGAGAAUAGCUGCCUUAUUCCUGCUGAACGAGUUCUACCGGUCGGAGCAACCCAGUGGAAACCCGUUUGCCCUGUUUUUCGUAGAGCUCCUGCAGCCCCAGGUUGAAGACGAUCGUACAGUGGCUGGUGUGCCGUGUGGACACUCUCUCUCUCCCAUCGAGAAAUGGUUCCUCGCUCAUCUCCUCUCCUCUCUCACCCCCAAAGAUCUGUUCAAAAAGACGGCAGCUGCAAUCGCUUCAACAGACCCCUCCUCUCUACAAUUGCCAGACAUACAGUCUCUGGUUGUGUCUCUAAGCGACCCUCAUGAUGACAUUGCUCCUAAUGCCAAGAUCGGUCUCCCGUCUGUGAUCGCGGACUCGGACCCUACUGGAAUUGGGUAUGAUUGACCAUUACAUCAUAGGAAUUGACUAUUACAUCAUCCCUCAGACGAUUCAGUGUUCCAGAGGCUGGCCAGGCAGCUGAGACCUUUCUCUGCAGAGAUGAGAUGGCAGAGCAGACGUUUGAACCAGGGCUCCUGAGACCUCGUCCUCCUCUCUACCACAGUGAGGAGGAGACCAUUUGGCUGAACCCCUUCCAGACCCAGUGCCCCAUUCAGUGGGACACUCUCAUGUGCAGCCACUCCGCCGCCGAGGCAAUGAGACUGUUUUACAAGGCGUGUGGAGAGGUUCUCUCUCUUCCAGAGCAGCAGGCACUGUCAGGUCAGUUCAAGAACGACCCAAAGCUGGUGUACCAGGUUGGACUCACCCCAAAGAAGCUUCCAGACCUGGUGGAGAAGAAUCCCACCGUCGCCAUAGAGGCCCUUCUCUGUCUCACUAACUCCUCCCAGCUGUCUGCCUAUUUCGCAGCUCUACUGAACAUGGAUAUGUCCCUCCACUCCAUGGAGGUUGUCAACAGACUCACCUCCGUGAGUCUGGGCCUUACCUACUGUUGGUGCAUGUGUCUCGAGGCACCACUGGGAACAUUACAGACUAGAUUUACACCCACCCUCCUGCCAACAAUCUUGAUCGCUGUUACAUGCUGAAUUAGAAACCUGCCAACAUUCAUGUGCCUGAUUCGUGUCCAUUUUCUCGGCGACCGAUAUUGUUCCAGGCGGUGGAUUUGCCCCCAGAGUUCCUCCAUCUCUACAUCAACAACUGCAUCCAGAGAUGUCGCAAGAUCUCCGACAAGUCCUUACAGAGUCGUCUCGUCCGACUGGUCUGUGUCUUCCUACAGUCACUCAUUAGAAAUGGAACUAUCGACGUUCAGAAUGACCUGGAGAUCCAGGCAUUUGCUCUAGAACACAGCCGAAUCAAAGAGGCCACUGCGCUGUACCGUCUCCUCAAGACACUGGAGGGGGGCGGGGCAGAGGCAGCGGGCACUAAAUAGAAAAAGUUCGUCCUUUAUUAUCAUCCACCGAACAAUAAUUCUGACUUGUACGUAAUAAAGAUUUUAUGAUGAGAGAAGAAGGGUAAUGAGAGAGUUCAGGUGGUGGUGCUGCGUGAGGUGUGAAACGAGCAGCUGCCAGAGGUCAGGGUACAAGUCUUUUAUGACCUUGAGAGGUGUGGUCAGGUGGGUGUGGUCAUGGCAACAGAUGAUCCUGGUGAUCUCUGCAGGCAGUGAGCAGCGGUGUUAAGAUGUCCAUCACCAGUCUCCUGAUCCCCGGAGGCUCAGGGGCACCGGUACACACAUCACAUGACAACAGACAGGAAGUCAUGUGACCAAUUAGAGGUAUUGCCAUAGUAACAAGUAGUGAUGGUCGUUGAACUCGUUCCACUACAUUCUUGAUGAACUUCAGUGUCUACAAAUGGCGGGGGAAGAUGGAGUUAAGGGGGUUAUAAUAGUAUGUACCGGGGAGAGGGAGGAGGUUGGCUGAGGCAGAGACAGAGCUUGUGAGGCCACCACUUCCAUAAUUAGUCCCAGCUCCUCCUCCCCGUCUCCUUGGUAACUGGUACCAAACCACGGUCUGAGAGCCAGCUGGAAGGGGUUCUGAGAGGGAGGAAGGAGAGGACUGCGCGGCUGGCAGCAGUCGUGGAAGUAUCUCGAGAACAGCUGCUUCACUUUCCUCUUGACAAAGUCGUCUCUGACUGGUCCCAGCUUCAGGAGACCCGUCAGGAACAGGUGCAGAUUAGCUCUGGCGGCAGAGGCAGCUCCCUGAGGCUGGGGUCUGGUGUGAGAGUGAGAGGAGGAGGAGGAGAGAGGGAGGAUCAGCCAGUCCAACAGACGAGGUAAA